AGCAAGCAGCUGAGCAACAUAUAAAUUGGUACAAAAUCCAUAGGGCGUUCCUUCCUACUUCCUUUACAAGAAGAAGAAAGAAUCAAAUCGAAGCGCAAAAUGGCGGAACCACCACCAUCUUCAUCGGCAUCAGCUGCAGCACCACCACCACUCGCGGCGGCGAAGUCCGACGAGGAGAUUGUAGAAAUGCUCGAUCGGAUGCUCACUCGUCUUGCUCUCUGCGACGAUUCCAAGCUCGAACCCUUACUCUCCAAGCUUCUCCCUCUCUCCAUCUCCUCCCUCUCCUCUCCAGCCCUCUCCGUCCGCAACAAGGUUCUGGAGAUUUUGAGUCAUGUGAACAAAAGAGUGAAGCUCCAGCCUGAGAUUGGUCUGCCUUUGUCCGAGUUAUGGAAAUUGUAUUCGGAAUCCGGUGGUACCCCGAUCAUAAGGAAUUUCUGUAUUGUGUAUGUAGAGAUGGCUAUUCAACGCGUCAAUGCAAAGGAAAAGGAAGAUUUGGCACCUGAACUCUUGGUCAACAUCUCAAAACUUCCUCUUCAACACCAAGAAAUUAUCCUGAGAAUCAUUGUUAAGGUAAUUGGCGAAUGCCACUCUAGUCAAAUUGGUGAUGGAGUUGUUGCAAAGUAUAAGACGGUGAAAAAUUCCCAAGAUAAGGAGCUGUUUAUUGAGUUUUGUCUUCAUACAAUGUUGUAUCAGGGGAUCUCUCAAAGGUCCCAGCAACAAAUGAGAAGUGAUGGAUUCCCUCCUGGGCUUUCAGUUGCUCAAGCCAAUCGUGUUACAGGGAAACAGCAGUUGCUUAGUGGUGAACUUUUACUAAGAAAGUUGGGUAUUUUGAAUGUCAUUCAAGCUAUGGAGCUUGCCCCUGAGCUUGUUUAUCCUCUAUAUAUUGCUGCCUCUGUAGAUCGUGAAGAGCGUGUUGUCAAGAGAGGCGAGGAGCUUUUAAAGAAGGCAAAUGGUGCUAAUUUAGAUGAUUUAAAUCUGAUCAACAGGCUAUUUUUGCUGUUCAAUGGUACUGUGGGAGUUGAACAUGUUGAUCUAGAAUCAAGAGUCAGUCCAGGGGGUCCUGCUUUAAAGGCAAAAUUAAUGUCUACAUUCUGUCGAUCUAUUGCAGCAGCAAACAGUUUCCCAUCCACCUUGCAGUGCAUUUUUGGUUGCGUCUAUGGGAGUGGUACCACAUCAAGGCUGAAGCAAUUGGGAAUGGAAUUCACUGUGUGGGUAUUUAAGCAUGCAAAAAUUGAGCAGCUUAGGUUAAUGGGUCCUGUUAUUUUAAGUGGAAUUAUGAAGUCCCUUGACAACCAUUCAAGUUUAGACUCAGAUGCCAGUGUUCGGGAAGUAAAAACUUAUGCUUUUCAGGCAAUUGGGUUGCUUGCACAGCGCUUGCCUCACCUUUUCAGUGAAAAGAUUGACAUGGCUGCUCGUCUCUUUGACGCACUGAAAGCUGAAUCCCAGUCUCUUCGUUUUGUUGUUCAAGAAGCAACAAUAUCUCUUGCUGCAGCAUACAAAGUAGCCCCAUUAACCGUGUUACAAGAUUUGGAGACGCUUCUGCUAAAAAAUUCUCAAGUGGAGGAAAGGGAAGUGCGAUUUUGUGCUGUAAGAUGGGCAACAUCUUUGUUUGAUUUUCAACAUUGUCCGAGUCGUUUUAUUUGUAUGCUAGGAGUAGCAGAUUCUAAAUUAGAUAUCAGAGAAAUGGCACUUGAAGGCCUUGGUCUUCUUAAAAAUGAAAGUCAAAUUGCUGGUCUCACAUAUCCCAAAUUUGGUAUGAUGCUGGAUUACAUUCUAAAGCAACAGCCGAAGUUGUUAGAGUCCACUGAAAUUAGAGAACAGAGCCUUCUUUUCCCCUCAAAUACGUAUGUGGUCAUGAUUAAAUUUUUGUUGAAGUGCUUUGAGUCAGAGUUGGAGCAGAACAAAUCCUUGGAAGGAUCAUCUGAAUUUCUUUCUUCUGUGAAAACAUUCUGUGUGCUUCUGGAACAUUCUAUGUCAUUCGAAGGCUCUGCUGAGUUGCAUGUCAAUGCUUCAAAAGCGUUGCUUAUAAUUGGAUCACAUAUGCCAGAGGUGGUAGCAUCACAUUACGCCCUGAAAGUUUCAUGGCUUAAGCAACUACUAAGUCAUGUGGAUUGGGACACUCGUGAAUCCAUUGCGCGUUUACUUGGAAUUGUGUCUUCUGCUCUUCCGAUCCCUGCAUUAUCUGACGUUAUUUCUGAUUUGACUUCCUUUUUCAGCCAAACGAACAAGUUAAGGUUUGAGACUCAGCAUGGUACACUUUGUGCAAUAGGAUAUGUAACUGCAGAUUAUUUGUCCCGAAUACCUUCUAUGCCAGAAAAAUUGCUCCAGAAUACACUUAAAUGCCUGGUUGAUGUGGUUAAUUCUGAAACUUCUGCACUGGCUGCUGUUGCAAUGCAAGCACUAGGUCAUAUCGGACUGCGUACUUCAUUGCCUCCACUUAAUGAUUCUAAUUCAGAUGGAAUUCUGAUAACUCUAAAUGAAAAAUUGAGCAAGCUUCUCUUGGGUGACGACAUUAAAGCAAUACAGAAGAGCGUCAUAUCCAUUGGACAUAUAUGUGUAAAAGAAACAUCAUCAACUCAGCUAGAUAUUGCCCUAAAUUUGAUUUUCAGUCUUUGUCGAUCUAAGGUUGAGGAUAUUCUCUUUGCUGCUGGAGAGGCCCUUUCUUUCUUGUGGGGUGGUGUUCCUGUCAAUGCUGACAUAAUUCUUAAAACUAACUAUACCUCACUGUCGAUGGCUUCAAAUUUUCUGACGGGAGAUUUGGACUCAUCUUUGUCAAAGCAGUGUCCUAAUGGACAGAGUGAAUAUGGUGAAGAUUAUCAUGUUUCUGUGAGAGAUGCAAUUACCAGAAAGCUCUUUGAUGUUCUUUUAUAUAGCAGCAGGAAAGAAGAAAGAUGUGCUGGAACCGUCUGGCUAGUAUCACUUACAAAGUACUGUGGCAAUCAUCCUACUAUUCAACAAAUGAUUCCCGAAAUUCAGGAGGCUUUUUCUCACCUUCUUGGUGAACAAAAUGAACUCACACAAGAGUUGGCUUCUCAAGGCAUGAGUAUUGUGUAUGACCUUGGUGAUGAAUCUAUGAAAAAGAAUUUGGUGAAUGCACUUGUGAGUACGUUGACCGGGUCAGGAAAACGUAAAAGAGCCAUCAAACUUGUUGAAGACACUGAGGUUUUUCAAGAUGGAGCUCUAGGUGAAAGCGCUAGUGGAGGGAAACUGAACACUUACAAGGAGUUGUGUAGCUUAGCUAAUGAGAUGGGACAGCCAGACUUAAUCUAUAAGUUCAUGGAUUUAGCAAAUUAUCAAGCAUCCCUUAAUUCGAAGAGGGGGGCUGCUUUUGGCUUCUCUAAAAUAGCAAAACAAGCAGGGGAUGCUCUCAAGCCACAUUUAAGUUCUUUAAUUCCAAGGCUUGUACGCUACCAGUAUGAUCCUGAUAAAAAUGUGCAGGAUGCAAUGGUACAUAUAUGGAAGUCACUAGUGGCUGACUCGAAGAAAACCAUUGAUGAAAACUUAGAUCUCAUCAUUGAUGAUUUACUAGUUCAAUGUGGAUCCAGGCUUUGGCGGUCACGUGAGGCAUCAUGUCUUGCCCUUGCUGAUAUUAUUCAAGGAAGGAAGUUUUAUGAGGUUGAAAAACAUUUGAAAAGAUUAUGGUCAGGUGCAUUUCGUGCAAUGGACGACAUAAAAGAAACUGUUAGAACGUCUGGUGAAAAAUUAUGCCGUUCGGUAAAUACAUUGACGACAAGGCUAUGUGAUGUCUCUCUAACUGAUAUGUCAGAUGCACGCAAAGCAAUGGAUAUUGUUUUACCUUUUUUGCUUGCAGAAGGUAUAUUAAGUAAAGUUGACAAUGUUAGGAAGGCAUCAAUUGGAGUUGUUAUGAAGCUUACAAAGCAUGCUGGAACUGCGAUCCGUCCACAUAUGUCCGAUUUAGUGUGCUGCAUGCUUGAAAGUUUAUCAAGCUUAGAAGACCAAGGACUCAAUUAUGUUGAGCUUCACGCAGCAAAUGCUGGAAUACAGACAGAAAAGCUUGAAAGUUUGAGAGUUUCCAUUGCCAAAGGCUCUCCUAUGUGGGAGACUUUGGACUCAUGCAUAAAAGUUGUUGAUGCAGAAUGCUUGGACAUGUUGAUCCCACGGCUUGCUCAUUUAGUGCGAUCUGGAGUGGGCCUUAACACUAGAGUUGGUGUAGCAAAUUUCAUUACCUUGUUGCUUGAAAAUGUUGGUGUUGACAUCAAGCCAUAUGCAAAUACACUGGCGAGGUUGUUGUUUACAGUUGUUAAGGAAGAAAAAAGUACUACUGCAAAACGUGCCUUUGCAAGUGCCUGUGCAAAAGUCUUACGUUAUACAGCAGCUUCACAAGCCCAAAAACUUAUUGAAGAUACUGCAGCUUUGCAUGCUAGUGACAAGAAUUCUCAAAUUGCAUGUGCUUUUCUCUUAAAGAGCUAUUCAUCCAUGGCAGCGGAUGUUGUUGGUGGAUAUCAUGCAGUUAUCAUUCCAAUCGUUUUCUUUUCAAGAUUUGAAGAUGAUAAAAAAGUCUCCGACCUAUUUGAAGAACUAUGGGAAGAAUAUACAAGUGGUGAACGAACCACUCUCCAAUUAUACUUGGGAGAAAUUGUUUCACUUAUUUGUGAGGGCAUGUCGUCUUCAUCAUGGACAAGUAAAAGAAAAUCUGGACAGGCUAUAUGUAGGCUUAGUGAAGUUUUGGGUGAAUCUCUUUCCUCUCACCAUGAUGUUCUGCUUCAAUCUCUCAUGAAGGAAAUCCCUGGUCGCCUAUGGGAGGGAAAAGAGGUGCUAUUGCUAGCAUUAGGUGCCCUAUCUACAUCCUGCCAUCAAGCAAUUUCUGCUGAUGGUUCUGCCACUUCCAUUGCCAUUCUUAAUUUGGUAUCAUCAGUAUGCACCAAAAAGGCUAAAAAAUAUCGAGAAGCAGCGUUUACCUCUCUCGAACAGGUUAUAAAAGCCUUUGGCAAUCCGGAGUUCUUUAAUAUGGUUUUUCCAUUGCUGUUUGAACUAUGCAAUUCAGUACCCGUAAAGUCUGGGCAAGCAUUAGUCAGUGAUGCUGCUAAAGCAGAGUUGGAGAGUGUUGAAGAGACGUCUGUUCCUCAUGACAAAAUUGUAGACUGUUUAACCUCAAGCAUCCAUGUGGCACAUAUAAAUGAUAUUCUUGAAAAGCAAAAGAGCCUAAUUCAUAUGUAUUCAGUACUCUUAUCACCUGAACAUAAAUGGACAGUCAAAACUACAACCUUUACAUCCAUCAAAGAGCUUUGCUCAAGGCUCCACAGUGUAGUAAAGGAUUCCAUGGAAAGUCAAGGGCCUGCCAGUAUAUCUUCCCUUGUUCAGGAGAUGUUUCAUUCUAUAUCACCAAAAGUAUUGCAUUGCAUAAGCACAGUGAAAAUUGCACAGGUUCAUGUUUCUGCCGCAGAAUGCCUUUUGGAAAUCAUUAAAUUAUCCAGGGACGUGACUUUAGAUAGUACCAUCAAUGAAGAAUUCAAGGAAGAGCUCCUUCAUCAGUAUGAGAUAGAGAAGAAUGGAGAAGCAAAAUCAUUAUUGAAAACGUGUGUAUCCAUUCUUCAAGACACGAAACCAUAAAUUGUACUAUAAAUUAUGAUACCUCAUGCUUAUUGAUAGGAGAUGUAAUGGCUCAUGUAAACAGGUCAUGUUAACAAUUGGAAUUGCAUAUUUAGAUGGCAGCACUCAGUUUCUUGUCA